CCCGUCCGAGACGGUAGGGACAGCAUGGGAAAUGGGGCUGGGCUUGAUGCCCUCACCGCCCCCUCCCUAGUUCUCAUGGACUGAAAAUACUCUGAAAACAGGUCUGUGCUUGCCUGGUAGAUGCCCGAGAAGGUGCAGCACGAGGAGGAGGAUGCGGAGACCUUCGCCUUCCAGGCGGAGAUCGCCCAGCUCAUGUCGCUCAUUAUCAACACCUUCUAUUCCAAUAAGGAGAUUUUCCGGCGGGAGCUCAUCUCCAACGCCUCCGACGCCCUGGAUAAGAUCCGCUAUGAGAGCCUGACUGAACCCUCAAAGCUGGACAGUGGGAAAGACCUGAAAAUUGACAUCAUCCCCAACCCCCGGGACCGCACACUGACUCUGGUGGACACUGGCAUUGGGAUGACAAAAGCAGAUCUCAUCAACAACCUGGGCACCAUUGCCAAAUCUGGGACUAAAGCCUUCAUGGAAGCCCUGCAGGCUGGUGCAGACAUCUCCGUGAUUGGGCAGUUUGGUGUGGGUUUCUAUUCUGCCUAUCUGGUGGCUGAGAAGGUGAUUGUCAUUACCAAGCACAAUGAUGAUGAGCAGUAUGCUUGGGAGUCAUCAGCUGGGGGCUCAUUCACUGUCCAAACUGACCGUGAUGAGCCCAUUGGACGUGGCACCAAAGUGAUCCUGUACUUGAAGGAGGACCAGACUGAGUACUUGGAGGAGCGUCGUGUGAAAGAGGUGGUGAAGAAGCACUCCCAGUUCAUUGGCUACCCCAUCACACUCUAUCUGGAGAAAGAACGUGAGAAAGAGAUCAGUGAUGAUGAAGUAGAGGAGGAGAAAGAGAAGAAGGAGGAAGAGUCGGUGUCCAAAGAUGAAGAGAAACCCAAAAUCGAGGAUGUGGGCUCUGAUGAGGAGGAGGAGGGAGACAAAGGCAAGAAGAAAAAGACCAAGAAAAUUAAGGAGAAAUAUAUUGACCAGGAAGAGCUGAACAAGACCAAACCAAUUUGGACCCGCAACCCUGAUGACAUCACCCAGGAGAAAUAUGGCGAGUUCUACAAGAGCCACACCAACGACUGGGAGGACCACUUGGCUGUCAAGCACUUCUCUGUGGAAGGGCAGCUGGAGUUCAGGGCCCUGCUUUUCGUCCCACGCUGUGCCCCUUUUGACCUCUUUGAGAACAAGAAGAAGAAGAAGAACAUUAAGCUGUAUGUGAGGCGGGUCUUCAUCAUGGACAGCUGUGACGAGCUCAUCCCUGAAUACCUAAACUUCAUCAGGGGUGUUGUGGACUCAGAGGACCUUCCUCUGAAUAUUUCUCGUGAGAUGCUCCAGCAGAGCAAGAUCCUCAAAGUGAUCCGCAAAAACAUUGUGAAGAAAGGCUUGGAGCUCUUUUCAGAGCUGGCAGAAGACAAAGAGAGCUACAAGAAAUUUUAUGAGGCUUUUUCCAAGAUUCUAAAGUUGGGUAUCCAUGAGGACUCCACCAACUGAAAGUGCCUUUCGGAGCUUCUGCGGUACCACACAUCCCACUCAGGCAAUGAGGUGAUUUCACUUUCUGAGUACGUGUCCCGUAUGAAGGAGAACCAGAAGAGUAUCUACUACAUCACAGGGGAGAGUAAGGAGCAGGUUGCUAACUCAGCCUUUGUGGAGCGUGUGCGGAAGCGUGGCUUUGAGGUGGUAUACAUGACAGAGCCCAUCGAUGAGUAUUACGUGCAGCAGCUCAAGGAGUUUGAUGGCAAGACUCUGGUAUCAGUCACCAAAGAGGGGCUGGAGCUGCCUGAAGAUGAGGAAGAGAAAACAAAGAUGGAGGAGAGCAAGGCCAUGUUUGGGAACCUCUGCAGACUUAUGAAGGAAAUCUUGGACAAGAAGGUGGAGAAGGUCACUGUCUCGAACCGGUUGGUCUCAUCUCCCUGCUGCAUUGUCACCAGCACCUAUGGUUGGACAGCCAACAUGGAACGCAUCAUGAAGGCUCAGGCACUGCGGGACAACUCUACCAUGGGCUAUAUGAUGGCCAAGAAACACCUGGAGAUCAACCCUGACCACCCAAUUGUGGAAACCCUUCGCCAGAAGGCUGAUGCUGACAAGAACGACAAAGCUGUUAAAGAACUGGUGGUGCUACUCUUUGAGACUGCUCUGCUGUCCUCUGGUUUCUCCCUGGAAGAUCCCCAGACCCACUCCAACCGCAUCUACAGGAUGAUCAAACUUGGGCUUGGCAUUGAUGAAGAUGAGAUGACUGCAGAGGAGCCCAGUACAGCUGUCCCUGAGGACAUCCCCCCUCUGGAGGGAGAUGAAGAUACAUCCCGCAUGGAAGAGGUAGACUGAAGGAGGAAGGUUCUUCCUUCACCUGCCAGACCUCUGCUCUGUCAUGUCUGCUUAGAAGACGGUCUGCGCCCACCAGCUGCUACUGACUUCUUGGUGGUGUCUGUUCUUUUGGCUAUGUUUGGUUGGGGUUGUUUUUGGCAGGGUGCAGGAGGGCAUGAUUCCCUUUUUGUUAGUAAUGAUUCAGGUAGCCUGAGGUCUGUCUGUUCUGUGUCUUUCUGCUUGUGUAGGAACAGCUGAUGGGGACUGGAGGUGUGAGGAAGCAUUAGGCUUCCUCUCACCCCCUCAUGGAGUGUCCCAUGUUACCAGAAGGCAUCAAAUACUGUCCUUAUGCCAUUGGGGUGGGAGAGCCCUUCCUCUGAACUUCUGCCUCCCUGAAGCCCCAGAAUAGCACAAUGUAUUUUGGAUGAGUUUUGUUUGAUUAUUUUUCUGGUUUU